UAUUUCCAUCUCCACAGGCAUCUUGCCCUAACUACGGGCGAUCCAAACAGAGGCGAGAAAGCGAGAGAAACAGUGAGAAAGUUUUUAGGGUUUCAGCUAAACCCUUCAGUAAAUAGUUCCUAGGGCUCCUUUGGAUCUUGGAGAGGAAAGCUCUGGAAACGGGUUGAAGAAGGAAACUCUUUUGGAAUAUUUGAAACAAUGUCUCGUGUCUAUGUGGGAAAUUUGGAUCCACGAGUUACUGAGCGAGAACUUGAAGAUGAGUUUCGUGUUUUUGGAGUUAUAAGGAGUGUCUGGGUUGCACGCAGACCACCAGGCUAUGCUUUUAUCGACUUUGAUGACCGUAGAGAUGCACAAGAUGCAAUUCGUGAAUUAGAUGGUAAAAAUGGCUGGAGAGUUGAGCUUUCUCAUAACUCUAGAGGUGGGGGUGGUGGUGGUCGUGGAGGAGGUCGUGGUCGAUCUGGUGGUUCUGAUUUGAAAUGCUACGAGUGUGGUGAACCUGGUCACUUUGCCCGUGAAUGCCGUUUGCGUGGUGGUUCUGGAAGACGUCGCAGUCGCAGCCCUAGGUACCGCAGGAGCCCAAGUUACGGUCGUAGCAGGAGCUAUAGUCCCCGCGGGCGAUCCCCUAGACGCCGCAGUUUGUCUCCUCGUGGGCGCAGCUAUAGCAGGUCACCAGGAUAUCGUGGACGUGAGGAAUUGCCAUAUGCCAAUGGAAAUGGUCUUAGAGAGCGACGCAGAAGCAGAAGCUGAGUUUUGCAAGCUCGGUGACUUGACUAUUGAGGGGAAUACUGGGCAUUUAAGUGUGUUAGUUUGGUUGGCUUCAUUACAACUAUGUUUAAUUCGGGCGUCGCCCUCAGCCUCGACUCUUGGAUUUGGAUAAGUUUCUACCUUUCUUGAUUAUUAAGUUCGUUAUCUUUUUCUUUAAUCAACACUAGUUUCUUUUUAUAAGCCUUAAGCUUUUAAGGAUUUUUAAGGUCAAUUUCUAUAAAUCUAGUGAAGUUAAAACCAAAUAUGAAGAACAAUGCUAAAGAUUUAUGCUUUUCUCUGUGUUGAGGUUGUCUUCUCUCCACGGUUCUGCAUCAUUGGUUUUGUGCAUCUACUACUACUACUACACUCUCUCCCCUAUGGUUGGCGAUCUUCGCUGCCCUGCUUUUGGGAUCUUCAAUUUUUGAAUUGAUUGUGGGUCCCUCUCUCUCUGCCAAAGCUACAUGAUCACUAGAUGCUUCUUCUGUAUGUGAAUGAAUGAGAAUCUUCAGCUGUGAUGCGCCCGCCCUCCUCCAAAUUCUUCUUUUAUAUAAACCUAAAAGGGGGUGGUGGAAGAGCUGCUUCAAACACUUCAGGCAGGUAUUUAAUCUGUUUUCAAGGAGUUGGGUGUCGGUGGGGUCUUUAGAAACGGAUAUAAUGGCAGGAUUAUACACCAACUCUUAUGAAAGAAAAUACGGCUACUCUUUUUCUAAUUGUUAUAUCUGGUUACAGAGAUGACAGGAAAAUAAAUUAAAACCCAUGUGGGAGUCUUCCAACAUGUUUUUUGAGGGGGCCUUACUUGACCAAUGAUAAUUAUCUUAGAUGGAGAGAGCUUCAAUGAUGGGUUCAGGUUUCAGGUCCCGACAAAGCUGCGAGUGGCUUGGUUUGGUUUCGUUUGAUUUAUGAGCGUCGUCCAUGUCCUUGAUUUAAAAUGAUGCUGCAAAACCAGCAGCUCUUAGGUACGAUUCUGGUGUUGUUUGGGUUCUCUCUCCGGAAGGUAUUCUUCUCCUUGGGCAACACCAUGACCAUUUUUAAUUGAUCUCUACGUCCAUUGGUCUCUCCACACUUUGCGACGCUUAUUUAAACCGUCAUUUUCUCUGCCAAACACAAAUAGACUCCGGCAUUCAAAGAUUUUUAGUUGUGGCUACCCCCGGAAUGGUUUGGUAGCAGCCCCAUGCAACAAGCACCUCUGCUAUUAUGAGUUUUUGCUAGUGUAAAAUCAAUUUAAGUUUCCGAUUCCUGUCUGUUUGAUUUCUGUGUGUUGAAAAAAAUAAUAAACGUUAUUAUUUUUUAUUAUCAUACCCCAACAUAAUCUUAUCAUCUUUAA